UCGUGCAGCCCCGGGCGAGACGGUGGCGCCAGAGGGGCGUGGCCGAGCGAUUGGCUCGGCCUGAGCCCUGUGAGCUCUGUGCGCUGCGGCCUCUUUGCGUCUGCGCAGUUCGCUCAACUCCCUUUCUGCCUCCGCUGCCGCCAUGGCGCCUGUGAAAAAGCUUGUGGCGAAGGGGGGCAAAAAAAAGAAGCAGGUUCUGAAGUUUACCCUUGACUGCACUCAUCCUGUAGAAGAUGGAAUCAUGGAUGCCGCCAAUUUUGAGCAGUUUCUUCAGGAGAGAAUCAAAGUGAAUGGAAAGGCUGGGAAUCUCGGUGGCGGGGUUGUCACCAUUGAAAGGAGCAAGAGCAAGAUCACUGUAACUUCCGAGGUGCCUUUUUCCAAAAGGUAUUUGAAAUAUCUCACCAAAAAGUAUUUGAAGAAGAAUAAUCUACGUGAUUGGUUGCGCGUAGUUGCUAACAGCAAAGAGAGUUACGAAUUGCGUUACUUCCAGAUUAACCAGGACGAAGAGGAGGAGGAAGAUGAGGAUUAAAGUUCGCUUUAUCUGCAAUAAUUUGUACGAGUCCCUUGAAUAAAACUUGGGAACCAAAUCGGUGGUUUUCCUUGUAUCUCUGCAGUGUGGAUUGAACAGAAAAUUGGCAAUCGUAGUAAAAGGGCUUCACUUGGGCUGCCACUCACUUCUCUGUAAUUAGACUUUCCUUUCUGGCUUGAAAACGUCAGUUCUCGAGGUAGUCGUACCAAACUAGAAGAGUAAGUCUCCUGUAAGGGAACCGACGACACUUUGACAUUGAGCAGGUGGAUGAGGGUGUGGAAAUGUGAGCUGCAGUCAGUCACCGUUUCACUAUCAAAAAGUGACAGUUUCGUACGGUGCUUUUCCCAGAUUCAGGAGUAUAAAUGUGGGGACUCCUAGUGGGAGCAAAACCGGCGACUUCCUUCUGAGGUUCCCUUUGUGGGGAAGGGGCAGCGCUGAUAAAGAUGCAGGGUCCCGGGGCAUUUGUCUUUUCGUUUUUUGAUGACAGUACUCUUGAUGCCCAUAAUUAUGUAUGUUGAUCUGUUUUCUUCCUCUAGAAAUAAACUGUGGUCCUUUGGCGUUGCUGCAUAUUCUGCUGCCCCCCACCCAGGAAAGGGUUUGGAGAGUGACUAAAAGUCCCAGGUUUUAAAUUUAAAUAAAGUGCCAAAAAUGAA